UAUUGAACUAGAAACGUUGUUAAAUUUUGUAGUGAUACUAACAGAAUGAACUUCAAUGCAGAUGAACUAGAAGCACCCGAGUGGGUUAAUUCCAGUUUUCUUAAAGAAGUUCUUGAAUACAAUGGAGAUCAGAAAAGUGUGACGAUUAAUGACUACCACAUCUCUCCAGCUACUGCUCUUGGCGACCACUUUGCCAGCAUCAUGUUUCGAGUCAACAUCACAUUCUCAACAAACGAGCAUCAAAGUAAGAAAAGUUCGGUUAUCAUCAAAACCGAGCCAGUCGUAGAAGGAUAUAAGAAGGAUAUGUUAGGCAAAGCUGAAAUAGAUCUCUUUGCCACUGAAAUGUUCAUGUACUCAAAAGUUUUGACUGAAGGUGCAAACAUCUUGAAGAAUGCAGGCUACAAUGACGCGUUGGCACCAAAAAUGAUUUAUCAGUCAACGGAGCCACAAAAGGUGAUAGUUUUUGAAGACUUAAAGGAACUUGGAUACUUUAUGUUCCCAAGAACAAUUCCAAACGAAAGUGAUACCGAAAUAAUUUUCGCCAAACUGGGACAAUACCAUGCGGCUACUUUCAAGCUGGCCGCAGAGGGCCACAAAGGACUCAAUCGAAAAGGAACCAUUUUCAACAUGGGUGACAUGAACGAUAUGAAUUUCCUUCGGGAUGGAAUUACAUAUUUUAAAGAAACAGUGGAGACAUUGCCGGAAUUCAAAGAGGCCUCCCAAAAACUGAGCAGAAUCUCUUUUGAAAAACUCGUCCAAAAAUGCAAGCAAUCCUGCAAUGCAACUGGUUCCUAUGAAGUCCUCAAUCAUGGUGACUAUCACAUCAAGAACAUGAUGUUUAAGGGCAACAAUGAGCUAGACGUUUCCGAAGUCAUUCUGAUUGAUUUUCAAGUAUGCCACUGGGGUUCCCCUGCCUUCGACCUUGUCUACAUGUCGGCCGUUAUACCACCUAGGAGACGCGCAACAGCUUAUAGACUUUAUUUCGAUACCUUCAUUGAUGUCCUGGAGAAAUCUGAUUACAAGGGACCAUUACCUGUGUUCGAACAACUGCUGGAAGAUUUGAAAUCCUACCGACCUUUGGAUUUAUUUUUCCUGGCGACAUUCACAGCAAUGUUUUGUGCAGAAAAAAAACCAAUAACAGAACAAGUGGAGACACUUCUUAAGGAUACAAGUCCAUUUAGAUUAUUCUAUAGACAAGCUAACUAUAUAACGUAUGUGAAAGAGUUACUACCAGUCCUGUUAGAGGAAGGUGUCCUAGACGAUCUAAAUGAGCUAGAAGCACCUGAGUGGCUUAAUUCCAACUUCUUUAAGAAAGUUCUUGAGUAUAACGGAGACCUGAAGGAUGUGACGCCCUGCUACCAAACAGGGCAAAAGCUAAAGAAGAUCAAUGACUUCCAUAUCUCUCCAGCUACAGCACUUGGUGAUCACUUUUCCAGCGUCAUGUUUCGAGCAAGGGUCAAUUAUUCAACACAGGACUUUCCAAAUCGUAAAUGUUCGAUAAUCAUUAAAACAUUGCCAGUGGCUGAAGGAUAUAAAAAGGAAAUGUUAGAAAAACCCGAAGUGGACUUUUUUGAUACCGAAAUGUUCAUGUAUUCAGAAGUCUUGACGGAAUGUGGAAAAAUUUUAAGGAACGCAGGCUACACUGACAUGCUGACUGCAAAAAUGGUUUACCAGUCAACGGAGCCACAAAAAGUAAUUGUUUUUGAAGAUUUAAAAGAACUCGGAUACUUUAUGUUCCCAAGGAUAAUUCCAAACGAAAAAGAUACUGAACUAAUUUUCUCCAAGUUGGGACAAUAUCAUGCGGCUACCUUCAAGUUAGCAGCCGAGAGUUUCAACUUUCAGGGCCACAAAGGACUCAAUCGAAAAGGAGGGCUUUUUAAUUUGGGUGACAUGGACAUUUUAAAUUUCCUCCAAGAUCCGUUCACGUUUUUUAAACAACUCGUAGAAUCAUUACCUGGUUUUGGGGUAGCCUCAGAAAAGCUGGAGAAAAUUUCAUUUGACAAAAUCAUAGAAAAAUGUGCGCAAACUGUCAAUACACCUACAGCAUAUGAGGUCCUCAAUCAUGGUGACUUCCACAUCAAAAACCUGAUGUUCAAGGGAAAAAAUGGAAUAAACGUUUCAGAAGUUGUACUGCUUGACUUUCAAAUAUGCCAUUGGGGUUCGCCAGCCUUCGAUCUUAUCUACAUGUCAGCCGUGGUUCCGCCCAGUAUGCGACCGAAGGCCUAUCGGCAUUAUUUCGAUACAUUCAUUGAUGUCCUGGAGAAGUGUGAUUACGACGGCCCAUUACCUACAUUCGAGCAACUGGAGUUGGAUUUGAAGUCAUACCGAAAUAUGGAAUUACUUUUUCUAGCCACAUUUUCAUCACUUCUUUGUGCAGAUAAAGAUCAAAUAAAAGACGACAUCGAAACUCUAUUUAAGAAUCCAGGCCUGUUCAAGAUAUUUUAUAGCCAACCUAAUUAUAUUUCGUAUGUGAAGGAAUUAUUACCAGUCCUGUUGCAUGAAGGCGUUCUUGACGAUCUAAUAAAUUAUGAUUAAGCUUUCUA